AUGCCAACCUCGACCAAGACCGAUUCCAGUUCUGCACUCUCAGCCCCACCAUCCCCCGCCACAACCAUGAGCUCUACACACAGCGAUGCGCACCCCGCAAUUGACAAUUCCCUAGACGACAUCUUUGGCACUUCACCACCACGAGAGACCAGGGAGGUGCCAUCCACCCUUCAGCAUGAAUCUGCCUCUACGACCGAACCUUCCGACCUGCCCUCUCUACGUCGUCAACACGUUACCGCGGGGUACCGUGACGGAGUCUCAACCUCGAAAGGCGAACAUGUCCAGCGCGGCUUCGAUGCUGGGUUCCCCGUCGGAGCGCAAUUGGGUAUGCGGGCUGGAACAAUACUUGGUAUUCUGGAGGGGAUUACACGAGGACUCGAGGACCGGUCUGUUUCGGGCGUGGUGAAGAAACCUGUUGCGCGGGGACCAUCGGGGUCAGCGGCGACGCGACCGGACGAGGCUCGUUCAGCGGAGACGGCGGAGUCGCGCCGUCUGUUGAGAGAGCAGGUCCUCAAGAUUUAUCUGGAGGCUACCAAAGCAUUGGAUGUGCAGUCUGUCUUCGCGGGCUCCGAGGCAGGGGCUUCUGGUGUGCAAGCAGGGGAGCCCGCGGAAGCUCAACUCGGGCGAAAGGGUGACGCGGUGGUCUCGAAGUGGGAGGAAAAGGCUGCAGUACCGCAGUGGGAGAAGAACAUGGAGGCUCUCGAGAUGAAAGAAAGCGAAGGAGACAAAGGUGCAGAGCGGAGCUGA